GAAAUGGUGGUCUUCAUUAAUGCAAAGAUCAAGUCUUUCAUUAAGCUAUUUAAGAAGAAAACGGUUUCCAACCUAGAUGAGGAGAGCAGAUGGACAGUCCACUACACUGCUCCCUGGCACCAGCAGGAGAACGUGUUCCUUCCGGCCUCGAGGCCCCCCUGCGUGGAGGACCUGCACCGCCAAGCCAAGCUCAACCUCAAAUCAGUGCUGAGGGAAUGUGAUAAGCUGCGGCGGGAUGGCUACCGGAGCUCUCAGUACUACUCCCAGGGACCCACCUUCGCCAGCUCCGGUCCACCCAGCGAUGAGUACCAAGAUGAGGAUGAUGAAACAGAUCAGAAGGGUUCUAUCUCCUCCUCGGAAGAGGAAAGACAUAUUUCCAUCAGGAGACCUAAAACGCCAACCUCAAGUGACUUCCCUGAUCUUAAUACUCAGACGAACUGGGCCCAGUCUCUUCCCUUGCCAACACCAGAAGAGAAGAUGCGACUGCACGCCCAGACAGUCCAGGCUGAUGUGGUUCCUAUUAACAUAACCGGGGAGAAUUUCGAUCGCCAGGCCAGCCUUCGGCGGUCUCUAAUUUACACAGACACUCUGGUAAGACGACCGAAGAAAGUCAAAAGGAGAAAGACUAUUACAGGAGUCCCUGACAACAUACAGAAGGAGCUAGCCUCUGGCACCGGCCAGGAUGGUGUUGGUGGUCACUCGGUGUACGCCCCCGACCACUGCUCCACACUAGGAAGGCUUGGCGGCUGCCGGUUUGCGGGGCAGCGCUCGGAAACCCGGGACUCCAGCUGUCAGACGGAGGAGGUGAAGGUCGUGCCGCCUUCCAUGCGGAGAAUCAGGGCCCAGAAGGGGCAGGGCAUCGCCGCCCAGAUGAGCCACUUGUCAGGCUCCUCCGGGAACAUGUCUGUGCUGAGCGAUUCUGCGGGCAUCGUGUUCCCCUCUCGCCUCAACACCGAUGCGGGUUUCCACAGUCUCCCCCGAUCCCGAGCGAGGGCCAGCAUUCAGUCCCUGGAGCCCCGGACGGGCGUCCCGGGCCCCGCGCAAGACCUGGAUGGCCCGUUCGAAAACCCAGGGCAGUUAGGAGGUGCCUCAAGGACUGGAACGCUUUUUAGGCCCAAGUCUCAGGAGCUGAGGCGCUUUGAGAGUGAAAACAGAGCAAGCCCAGCGUGCGUGGUGUCUCCCCACGGGACGUACAGCACCAGCGUCAUCCCCAACGCCACCCUCUCCUCCUCCUCAGAGGUUAUUGCUAUCCAGACUGCUCAGAGUUUGGGGCAGCUGGACAGAAUGACCAGCUCCUCUUCCCACACAAAGGUGAGAUCCAGAGACCACCUGCUGCCCAGGCACUCUGGUGAAGGCGACCGCCCGUCUCCCGGUGGUUCCUGGAGUGAGGGCCCCUCCACCAUCGUCUCGCGGGCUUUCGACCCCCACCCGCCCAGGGCAGCCACGCUCCUGGCCCUCUGUGACUCGGCAGUCUCCCUCAACACCCCAGCAAACCAGGAGAACGGGUCCCAAGCCAUGGCCUAUACCUGUAGAAGGAACCCGAACUUCCCAGCCCACCCCCAGGACGUGGACGGCCAGAGCGAGCCCAGUUACUUGGGAGGCGGGGGGCAUGGUGGCGGGGAGCCCUGGGAAUACAGUGCCUCGGGGAGCGGACGGGCAUCCCCCCUGAAGCCUCACGUGGCGACUCCUGGUUGCUCCACUCCUGGAAGUAACAUGAGCAGCUGCAGUUUGGACCACACGUGCCACAGAGAGGGCGCCAGGUCCCUGUACUCAGAGGACCACGAUGGCUACUACGCAUCUGUGCACCCCGAUGCUGGGCCCGGGCCCGGGAGUCUGUGCAGCAGCAACAGCAGCAAUGGCUUUGGGAACCCCAGGCACAGCGUGGUCAAUGUUUUUGAUGGAAGAGCUCCGAAGAACCAGGGGGACAAAUCCCAUUCUCGAAACAUCUCCUUGAAGAAAGCAAAGAAGCCGCCCCUGCCCCCCUCUCGGACGGACUCGCUGCGCAGGGUCCCCAAGAAGAACGGCCAGGCCAACGGGCAGGUGCUCAACGAGAGCCUGAUCGCCUCCCUCCAGCACUCGCUGCAGCUGAGCCUCCGGGGCCAGGGCGGCCUGUCGCCCUCGCAGAGCCCCUGCAGCGACCUGGAGGACCUGCCCGGCGGCUCUGUCAAACCAAAGACCACGUCGCCCGAGAAGGCCCACCGGGUCACCUCCCCCUCCAGCGGGUAUUCCAGCCAGUCCAACACGCCCACCGCGCUCACCCCCGUGCCUGUGUUUUUAAAGUCCAUGUCGCCCGCCAAUGGGAAGGGCAAGCCCAAGCCCAAGGUUCCAGAGAGGAAGUCCUCCCUGGUGUCUUCGGUCUCCAUCUCCUCGUCGUCCACGUCCCUGUCCUCUAACACGUCCACGGAGGGAGGCGGGACGGUGAGGAGGCUGGACUCGGCGCCGGCCUCUCUGCCUGCUGCCCCUUCUCUCCCCUCUCCUUCGUCUCCAUGUCCCGCGGACACGUCUCCUUUCCUCCCUCCUCCGCCGCCUUCAGCAGACUCCCCCGAGGGCCCUCUGCCUCGGUCUCCCCUGUUCCCCCCUCCACCGCCAGAGGUUCUCACUCCCUUCUGUUCUCCAGAUGCAGGCUUUCCUCCUCCCCCCACCGCUCGGAGCCCCCUUCUGGGCUCACCUGCCUCGGUGCUACCCCCUCCACCGUCUUUACCCUCCUCGGUCCCUCCUCCUGCCCCACCACUCGACCCCAAAUUGAUGAAAGAUGCCAGGCCUUCAUUCAAAAAGUCUAGCCAGCCAACCUCCCCCCAGGAGGCCUGCAGACCGCCGGGGACCAUGGAGGAGGGCGGCAGGCCUCCCCUGCCCCUGAUCACCGCCGAGGCCCUGCAGACGGUGCAGCUCAGGCCGGUGAGAAGGAACUCAGGAACCCAGGGAGCGCCGCUAUCUGAACCAGCAUCUCAGGAAAAACGAACUCCGCCGGUGCCCCAGUAUCAUUUAAAGCCAUCUGCCUUGCUGAAAUCCCGAAAUAGCAUAAAUGAAAUGGAGAGUGAAAGCCAGCCUGCCUCCGUGACAAGCCCGCUUCCGACUCCUGCCAAGAUCAUGAGUCAGGGUCACCAGGACAGUGCAGCCGAGCGUGGCCGCCCGAGCCGCAGCCCGGACAGUGCCGGGGAGGCGGAGGCCGGGCCGGGCCCCGGGACUGCCCCGCUCCAGAGAGCCCCCGGACCUUCGCCCAGCAAGAAGCCACCCCCCAUUUCCAAGAAGCCCAAACUGUUCCUGGUGGUGCCACCUCCGCAGAGAGAUUUCACAGUGGAGCCAGCAGAGAACGUGAGUGGAGCGGUGCCCAGCCCCACGAGGGGAGAGGCCAACGAGACUGGUGCAGCCCCGGCUGGUUCUGAUGAGACCGACUCCUCCGGCAGCUCGGUUCUUGAGGGAGGAGCUGCAGGAUCCACGUCCCCAGGCAGAAGGGAAGCCAAUGUCCCCAUGGUGCAGCCCAGUGCCUCGCCAGCCCCCAAGCAGGAGGAGCCAGGCACCGAGAACAGCGUGGACCGCGGGGGCCAUGCGGAGGAGCGCUGCCCGGCUCUGCAGGACCCAGGGCCCCGGGUGCCGGAGCCGGACGCGGCUGGCUCUUCCCCAGAGGUCUUUGACUUCCUUAAGGAAGAAGGGAGUGAUGAGGUGAUGACCCCCAGUAGACCCCGGACCACAGAAGACCUCUUCGCAGCUAUUCACAGAUCCAAGAGGAAAGUCCUUGGCCGUAAAGAUUCAGAGGAUGAUCACACCAGAAACCAUUCUCCCUCCCCGCCAGUGACGCCCACCGGUGCCGCCCCCAGCCUGGCCUCCCCAAAGCAGGUGGGAUCGAUUCAGAGAAGUGUCCGCAAGAGCAGCACCAGCAGUGACAACUUCAAAGCUCUGCUGCUGAAAAAGGGGAGUCGGUCAGACACCGGUGCCCGCAUGUCUGCAGCCGAGAUGCUCAAGAACACAGACCCUAGGUUCCAGAGGUCAAGGUCGGAGCCCGCGCCAGAUGCUCCCGACAGCCCGUCCAGCUGUUCCCCGAGCAAGAACAGAAGGGCCCAGGAGGAGUGGGCCAGGAACGAAGGCUUGAUGCCUCGGAGUCUGUCCUUUUCCGGCCCCAGGUACGGCCGUAGUCGAACCCCACCUUCCGCAGCCAGCAGCAGGUACAGCCUGCGGAACCGGAUCCAGAGCAGCCCCAUGACCGUCAUCUCGGAAGGCGAAGGGGAGGCCACGGAGCCUGUGGACACCAGGGCUCGCCGUGUCCUGGGCGCUGCAAGGGGCUGUUCCCUGGACGGACUGGUGGGGGAUGACAUGGAUGGGGGCAGCCUGCAAUGUGGCCCCGCAGAUGGGACAACCGGUGCCCAGGGCAGGGGCCCGUCGGAACAGUGCGAGGGUCCUCUGAGGGAAGCAAGUUAGGGGCAAGAAUGGGAUCUCCCAGGUGACGUGGGGGAGAUGCACAACCCAUCGCUCUAGGAAGCCCGAGGAGCCCUUCCCUGUCUGCCCAGGGAUCCCACCCGUGUGUGUGCUGUGGACCCGGGCACUGCCUUGCCUGCAGUGGAUGAGGGUCACUUAGGACUCACUUGGCACUUGCCCUGUGGCUUAAAAGCAAGUAGAAGCUUAACUUCUGAAAGUGCUUCCUGGGGAAGAUUUUUCUUUUUUUUUUUUUUUUUUGGUUAAAUGUUGGGUGUGUGUGAAUAGGUGUGUAUGUGUGCAUUUUGAACACUUUUUAUGUUUUAAGAAAAAUACACAGACACACAGCAUGUACAGAUAUAUGAGGAGAAAAAGACACAGGUAGAGUAAUGGAAGCUUCUGGACUAGGUGGCGAUGCUUUGAAAGUAUGUGUGGAAAUGAGUGCGUUCCAGAAGGGAGAGGACUGUGACUUCGAGAAUGAGGUGGUAGAUUUGCUGGUUCUGAGUGCACAGAACGCAUGGGUAUAGGCACAGGUGUGCUUUCGUGGUUAACCCGAACGGUGGGGAAAGGGCUAAGUGACUAAUGGGUUCAGGUACUUUUUUCUGGGGGAAAAAAGGCUUUGUUUCUUUUUUGUAAAAAUGACAAACAUGUGGAAGGGACAGCGCUGUAGUCGGAGCCUGCUGCUGUGCAGCCACAGACACAACUCUCAGCCCGAUUGUUAGAAACGUGGGUAAUUUUUUAAUGAAUUUCCUCCUUUAUAGCGGGGACCUUCGAGAACUGAAAUGAGGGUGUGCACAUGCAGAGAGGGUGAGAGAAGGCAGAGGAGCGAGUGAUACACUGCUGCAAUUUGUUUCCUGCUUAUGAAAUAAACUUAUUUUUCAGAAUGAAAUUUGAAAACUUGCACUACAGAACUGUGGGUGGAGCUUUUCCUUGUACAACUGUUUUUACCAGAGUUUAAACGUCCAUUUGGCAAUUUCUUAUCACUUGAAACGUCAACAUUUGCUAACUUUUGGAUAUCCUUUUGGUUACACCAAAGAAAAAGUUAUGGCUAUUUUUCCUUGAACUGCCUGCAGUAUCAUAUCCUCACUGAGAAAGGUUUAUCGAAAUCUAUUAUAUAUUAUCUUACUUUGACGAAAAUGCUGAAUAGCUCUUGUUAGUCUAAUAAACUGAUAAAAAUUGGUAGGGCUUGGUAAUGAAUUAGCCCUGGGAAAUGAGUUUUUAGAUUAAAAAGAUUUUUUUUGCAUCACGUGGUUUGUGUGUUUUUAUAUUUUUUAUAAAUAAUUGAGUUAGGUAAUUACCUUCCAAUCUUUUUUCAGUUAGAAUGUUAACACUUUUAGACAUGGGAAAACGUGUGUAAAGUAUUUAUUUUUAUGUCAUGUUCUUGUGACCCCUCCCCCCCACGCCCUCCUGGUUGCCAUGUACUUUAUUUGUUGGUGAAAUAAAAUCGGAGUCUUGUCUUCUUCAUUAGAGGGACCUACGGUGGCAACACUGAGAUGUUUGAAUUACAUACAAGACAGCUGCCUAAUGUCAUCUUCCCUGAUGUGAAAAUAUCAUCUCAAAGUUGGACCGCACAGGCCAAAUCAUCAUAAUGUUCAGAUACCCACUUUAGACACAUCUUUGAGAC